GGUCAUUUUUCCCGUGCUCGUCUUUCAAAGUUAUCUACAAUUAAAUAAACUUCUUCGUCCUCAUCCACCCACUCACUCGCUUAUCUUCAUGCCCAACGCAACGUACAUAUACAGUUGCAAUCCGGAACAGCACGCUGCCACUCCAUCACUCAGCGUAUCAUCAUCCAAUCACGUCCCGCCACGCGUCACCCCUUCCCAACUCCCAUCACUGCUACAUAACAAGAACACCAUCACCACCAAGCAUUCACCACUACAGAAUACCAUGGGUAACGAAACUCAAACCCAAACCCAAACCCAAACCGGGUUCAAGCUCGUUGGUUACAAAAACUUCGUCCGAACUAAUCCUAAAUCAGACCGGUUCAAGGUGAACCGGUUUCAUCACGUCGAGUUCUGGUGCACCGACGCCACCAACGCCGCGCGCCGCUUCUCUUGGGGCCUCGGCAUGCCUAUCGUUGCAAAAUCCGAUCUCUCCACCGGAAACCUAACUCAUGCCUCUUACCUUCUCCGCUCCGGCGACCUCUCCUUCCUCUUCUCCGCGCCUUACUCUCCCUCCAUCUCCGCCUCCACCGCCGCCAUUCCCACCUUCGACGCCUCCGCCUGCCACUCCUUCUCCGCCAAACACGGCUUCGCCGUCCGCGCUGUCGCCGUCGAGGUCGCCGACGCCGAAAUCGCCUUCGCCACCAGCGUCGCGCACGGCGCCCUUCCGGCGUCUCCUCCGGUGGUCCUCGACAACCGCGUCGGAUUAGCCGAGGUGCGCCUCUACGGCGACGCCGUUUUGCGCUACAUCAGCUACAAUAACCCUUCUCACACUUCGGACCCGAACCCGGGACUGUGGUUCCUUCCCGGAUUCGAACCCAUGGAAGAACUCUCAUCGUUCCCGUCGCUGGACUGCGGUAUCCGACGACUGGACCACGCCGUCGGGAACGUGCCGGAGCUAGUGCCGGUGGUGAACUACCUGAAAGGGUUCACAGGGUUCCACGAGUUCGCUGAGUUCACUGCAGAGGAUGUGGGAACGAGUGAGAGCGGGUUGAACUCGUUGGUUCUGGCGAACAACGAGGAAAUGGUGUUGUUUCCUUUGAAUGAACCUGUUUAUGGGACGAAGAGGAAGAGUCAGAUUGAGACUUAUUUGGAACACAACGAGGGUCCUGGGGUUCAGCAUCUUGCUCUGGUUUCUGAUGAUAUUUUCAACACUCUCAGAGAGAUGAGAAAGCGAAGUUGUGUGGGUGGCUUUGAGUUUAUGCCUUCUCCACCUCCUACCUAUUAUGCCAAUCUCAAGAAUCGUGCUGCUGAUGUUUUGACUGAUCAACAGAUUAAGGAAUGUGAGGAACUUGGCAUUUUGGUUGAUAAAGAUGAUCAAGGAACACUUCUUCAGAUUUUCACUAAGCCUGUUGGAGACAGGCCAACCAUAUUUAUAGAGAUAAUUCAGAGAAUUGGAUGCAUGCAUAAGGAUGAGGAAGGGAAGGUGUACCAAAAGGGUGGAUGUGGUGGUUUUGGGAAAGGCAACUUCUCUGAGCUUUUCAAAUCCAUUGAAGAAUAUGAGAAGACUUUGGAAAGCAGAAGAACUGCAUGAUCCCAUGUUUAGUGUGGUGCUUUAUCACCUUGUACUCGAAGCCACCCUUCAUUUAAAUUACUAAUGAGGAAUUGAUGGCACAGAGGGUGUGUUUGUAUUAUCUAUCUAUAAUAAUAGAAUUGGAACGAUAGUCCUCCCUUAUACGAGUUGUUCUUUUUUCUUUCUUUUUUAUGACGAAUACGUUGCAACCUCAAAACCUGCGAACCAUAUGACAAUAGGGUGGUUUCUUGCUAUUUAACAUUUUUUAGGAAAAAAGUUAU